AUGCACGCAACCGCUGAGACGUGUGAAACGCCGUCGAGUUCGCGGCGCCCUCCAAAUGACAGGCCGGACUUUCGUGAGGGUUCAACUCUUAAGGAGUUUGAUAAAAGUGGCCGUCUCGUGGGAUAUUUCCGUUGCGGAAGGAUGCUCGGGCGUGGUGGCUUUGCAAAGUGUUAUGAAGUGGAGCAGGGUGGCGAUACGUAUGCGUUGAAGGUUGUGGACCGCUCACUACUGCAGAAAACUAAGACACUACAGAAACUCCACUCUGAGAUAUCCAUUCACCGCCGCAUGAAGCACAAACACAUUGUUAACUUCAUACGGACCUUCCAUGACGACUGGAAUGUUUAUAUUCUGUUGGAGAAGUGCAGCAAUCAGACGCUGAUGGAAAUAUUGAAGCGCCGGCAACGUUUCAGUGUGCCAGAGACACAAUACAUUGCAUUGCAGUCGCUUUCCGCCAUUCAAUAUAUGCAUGAGCAAUGUGUUAUUCAUCGUGACCUGAAACUUGGUAACAUAAUGAUGGAUGCAAAUAUGAACGUGAAGAUUGGGGACUUCGGUUUGGCUGCUGAGUUGCAGUACGACGGGGAGCGGAAACGCACUAUUUGUGGCACGCCCAAUUAUAUCGCACCGGAGAUCAUUGAAGGUUCGCGCGAGGGACAUAGUUACGAAGUGGAUGUGUGGUCGCUCGGUGUGAUCCUCUACACGCUGUUGGUUGGAGAGCCGCCGUUUCAGACAUCAGAUGUGAAGGCCACUUACCGUCGUAUUAGGCAAUGCCGGUAUGAAUUUCCUUCACAUGUAGAUGUGCCAGAGAGUGGGAAGGAACUUAUUCACAGUAUUCUGCAGAGCCGCCCCGACCAACGGCCGACGUUGCUGGAAAUUCGUUCACAUCCAUUUUUCCGCCUCCCGCCGCCACCGACGACAGCACCUACCACACUCUUCUACAGUUCACGCCGCCGUCAGCAUUCGGAUGACCCCCGAGGACAUGCGCAGGGACCACUUCCACUUCGCCGCCAAAAAUCAGGGGACAUUCAGGCGGCGUUGCAGAAACAAACACCGCAACGCCGUCAACCGCAGUCGCAGCCCAAAUCAGUUGAAGCUGUUCGCUGCAUUUCGAGUCCGCGUGUGUCCCGCGAAGUGCUUCAACCUAUCAGCACAAAUCUACCCAAAACGGACCGAUACCACCUAAAACCCAGCUGCCCGGCGGUAGCUUCCGCAAGGUUUCAUGGGGCUUUGGGCGGUGACUGCAACAACAACAACAACAACAAUAACAAUAACAUCAACAACAACAACAACAACAACAUUAACAGUGCUGCGGUGAGCAUCCCGUCACCUCGUGCAGAUGCGAUUCGACCCCUCACGCAAGUUGCCGCACCGGGCGGUGCUGAUGAAUCCGCGGAAACCACUGCAACAACUCCGCGUGUGCAGCUGAGACCUCACCCAGCUAUAGAGGAAGAGGAGAAGAAUGAACUCACCGCCGUGCAUGAUCAACUUCAUCAGACGUUACGGGAAAUAGGCGACAUUUCCCCACGUGAGGUUGCCACCCGCACACAAACCAAACGGUCACCGCAAGUGGCUCCCUUGCCAGUGCCGAACUCACCCACAACAUCUACAGUUCCUGCAUUAACGCCCAGAUGCGAAGACGAGCCGGCGCCAUCGUUGCCACUUCCCACUGUUUGGGUGACGAGUUUCGCGGAUUUCUCCGAAAAAUACGGGUUGUGUUACCGGUUGAGCACCGGCCAUACCGGUGUGCACUUCAACGACUCCACUAAAAUGGUGUGGGAGCCCAUUACAAACCGUGUAGAGUAUUAUAUGCGAGUGAAGGAAGUUGUUGCGCGUGGUAAUGCCAACGUCCUGCAGGCGCGAGAUCAACAACAUGCGUUUCACAUGGAUAUGUUCCCUGAAAGCCUGACCAAGAAGGUGACAUUGAUCAAAUACUUUAAAUCAUACCUCUCACGAACGCGUAAUUCUCAUACCAACGUGGAGGUUGUACGGUGCUCACCAUAUGUGUCCGAAGUUACUCCGUCACUUAGCGGACCGCACAUGAUUGAAGAUAUUGUAUAUGUCAAGCGCUGGUUGAUCACACCACAAGCAAUUAUAUUCCGUCUAUCCAACAAAACUAUUCAGGUUUGUUUUCAUGAUAAGGCGGAAGUUAUUCUAAGUUCGGAGUCGCGUGUUGUUACAUAUACAGAACCAACUGGCAACCGCGUGACAAUGUCGCUAUCGUCUGUUGCGACACGCUCUAGAGAAAUUGCUGCACGGCUUCGUUACACCAAAGACAUCCUCAGCGAGCUCAUACAAAACCGUGAUAUUUAG